AUGUCCGACUCCUCCAUCAUCUUCACUCCCAACGCUUGUCCCCCCGUGGGCCCCUACUCCCAGGCCAUCAAAGCCAACGGCCAGAUCUUCCUCUCGGGCCAGAUCCCCGCGGACAAGCACGGAAACCUAAUCGAAGGCGACAUCAAGGCCAAGACCCAGGCUUGCUGCGAUAACAUCAAGGCUAUUCUCGAGGCGGCCGGAUCGAGCGUUAGCAAGGUGAUUCGCGUGAAUGUUUUCCUGGAUGACAUGGCCAACUUUGCCGAGAUGAACGAGCAGUAUGCUACUUUCUUCACUCACAAGCCUGCUCGGUCUUGCAUUGCUGCGCGUCAGCUGCCCAAGGGUGUUCCUGUUGAGAUUGAGUGCACUGCUCUUGCAUAG